AUGUCUGAUAAUGCUGAUCAUGGUUCUGAUGCCCAGCAACGGGUCGAAGAUGAAUAUCUAAAGGAUUUUAUGGAUUUAAGCCCAUGUGGUGAUCGUGGUAUCCUCAAAAAAGUAUUGCGAGAAGGCUAUUCUGACGUCAAGCCAUGUGAUGGCGACACUGUGGUUGUACAUUAUGUCGGGACUAACUAUGGUGGGGAAAAACACGGUGAAGUCUUUGACUCAAGUAGGGCACGGAAUGAGAAGUUUGAAUUUACUAUUGGAAAUGGUAGUGUAAUUAAGGCUUGGGAUGUCGGUGUCGCUACAAUGAAGUUGGGAGAAAUUUGUGAACUAAUCGCGUCUCCUGAUUAUGCCUACAAAGAUGGUAAAACUCUAAAGUUCGAAGUGGAGCUUUUCGAAACCUUGGGCGCUGAUGUCAGCAGAAACAAGGAUGGGAGUAUUCGUAAAUCAACUAUUAGGAAAGGGAAGGAUAUCUAUAAUCCUGUUGCUGGUGCUGAGGCCACAAUUGUCUUCCGUAAUUUGACGGAUUCAGCAGAGAAUGUGGAGGUGACAUAUUGCGUCGGUGAUCCCCCGUUAACUGUGCCAGAAGAGUUGGAUCUGUGUGUUCGUCAUAUGAAUACAGAUGAAUUUAGUCGUGUUGUGGUAUACAAAGAUAGAAUUCAGCAACUGAGGGACUCUAAAUUUGAUUCUGCUGUUGAAUUGUACAAACGUUUAGAUGACGAGUUGCAGUACAUAGUGGCUAAUGGCCCUACAGAGCAGAAGGAAUUAUCCGCGGUUAUUGUAGCCGUCCGACUUAAUUUAGCUUUGAGUUACCUGAAGCAAUGUAAACCAGAUAAAUGUAUUGAGUUCUGCAAGAAAGUAUUGGACGUUUUUGGUAACAACGAGAAAGCGUUAUUCAGGAUAGGUCAGGCGCAUCUGCUGCGUAAAGACCACGAGGAGGCGUCAGUUUACUUCAAGAAAAUUGUAGAAAGCAAUCCCAACAAUGCGUCUGCUGUAAAGCAGUUGCAUAUGUGCGAGGAAGAGAUUAGAAAGGCCCAAGAUAUGGCAAAGAAAAGGUUCCGGAGCAUUUUCGAGCGCUGUAAAGACUCUGGAUUGGAUGGUGUUGAAGAACACAAAGACGGAGUCACGUUGAAUGGCGAAAAGUCUGCAUUGUAA